CAAAAUUGAAAAUUUCAAGCCUUAUUUUCAAUUAGAAACCCUAACCCCAACCAUUUCAAACCCUUCUGCGCGAUUUACACUUGUUUGUUCAAUUUCCUCAUCGUUGCUUGUGAAGUUGUCUCUGCUCGCUUCGCCGUCGUGCUUGUCGCUACUCGCGCGCCGUCGUGCUCAUCGCUGCUCACAUCGCCGUCGUGUUCGUCGCUGCCCUGCAUUUCCUCAUCGUUGCUUCUGAAGUUGUGUUCCUCUUUGCUCGAGUCACCGUCGUGUUACUCUUUGCUUGCUUCGCCGUCGUGCUCGUCUCUGCUCGCGCGCCGUCGUGCUUGUUGCUGCUCGUGCUCCUUCGUGCUCGUUGCUGCUCGCAUCGCCGUCGUGUUCGUCGCUCUGCAUUUUAAGCUUCUGAAUUUUUCUCUGCUCGAUUCCAAUUUGCUCGCCUUCUUCUACUUGUGACAUUUUGCUUGGCCCCUGGCUGGGUGCUGAUAUGCUCUGCUCCCCCGUGGUGCUCGUGCUCUUUCCAUCACAGAUAGACUCCUUGCUUUACUCAGCUUUGUUAUGGCUGAAGUUGACGAGAAAUUCUGGGAGAAGGAAGAGGUUGAUAGAUUCAGCAAAGUUCAAGAGAGUUUCUUGACAAGUUCUUCAACUCUCAGUAUACUUGAAUUCAUGUUAGUGGUCAAAAUUGUUAUACUUAGAACUUUCAUGAAAAUAAAUGCUGUGGUUAAUAACCUGGAAGAUGCUCAUGAGAUGCUUGACACUGCAAUCUCAACCGCACUGAAAGAAAGCAAACCUGUUUAUAUCAGCAUCAGCUGUAACUUGGCUGCAAUUCCUCACCCCACUUUCAGUAGGGAGCCAGUUCCAUUUUUGUUGUCUCCAAAAUUGAGUAAUCAAAUGGGGUUGGAGGCAGCAGUAGAGGCUGAAGCUGACUUCCAUGGCAACAUGAGUGUCUAAAAAUACAAGUACUAUGUGAGCAAAUUUUUCUACUGCCAAGUUAGCAAGGGGAUGAAAUUUGUAGGAGGUGAAACUGCAGCGUUGAGCAGAGUAUAUGAAUACUCUUGGAAGAAGGUAAGAAGUUAUAUUAAAGUGUUAAUGCAAAUCUAUGUUAUGAAAUUGUUGCUCCAACUCCAAACUGAUAUUUCAUUAGGAUAGUUCUUCUAGUUAUGCAUUUCAUGUACAGAGAAUUUAUCAAUAACUCUGCAUGACCGGUCCAAGGGGCCAAUGGAGACUAUGGUCGAUUUGGAAAAUCUGUGUCUUGUUACAUUGGGUUAUCUAACUCAAUUGUGAGAUUUCACAUUUGUAGGAUUUGCUAAAGGUAUAUAAAGAGACCAGAAAUGGAAUGUUAGGACUUGAUUACUCCACUAAGUUCUCACCAUGACUUGCAUUUGGAAGCUUGUCUCCUUGUUUAAUUGUUAACAAAUUUGCUUUCAUUAUUCAAAAUAUUGGCAUAAAAAAUUAUUUGCUUGUAACCAUUAAAGAUGCUGUUUGAUAUUUAAGUUAACUUGAACUUGGUAAUGAUUAAAAAGUGCAGUUGUGAAUGCAAUUGUGCCGCUUUUAAAAUAUGAAUAAGUAUAUAGCUGAAAUCUUGCUUAUUUAUGUAAUUAUUUGUUUUGACAUCUCAAAUUAUUGCUUUAUUGAAUAGCUGAAGAGCUAGGAGAAUUAUUUUUACAUGGUGGUUAUAUCUACUAGUUCUUCUCCUUCCUAUACAAGAGUUCAGAUCAGUAUUUCUUUGGGGGGUUUUAUGAAAAGCAGGUUUUACUUUCAUGCUUUUUCUUCAUCUAAUUUUUUCACUUAUUUUCCUAUGCAUAUUUAGAAGUGGUCUAAAUUAUUAGAGUUAAUUAGUGGGUUGAAGAACAUGUCUCAGUUUAUAUAAGAACUCUUUUCAUAAAUAUAUUUAACAAAAAUGUAGUGCCACUGCAACCUAAAGAGGGUUUUGUCACUCAUCCUUACAAGAGCUCAAGGUAACUAAUAAUAAUAGAUAGCAUCCUUGUAAUUUAUAUAUGGAAGUUAGUUAAUCAAGUAGUAUUGGCUGCAAAUUCAAAGAAAUUAAAGCACUAACUAGUUGAAUUGCUGAUACACAUGGCAGAGAAGUAUGACAAAAAAGGCAAGAGGUAUUGGGAUGCCUUCUACAAGUACCAAAAGGACAAGGUAUAUGGUUGUUUGUUUAUUAUGUUUUAUUUAGUUGAUACUAGGUAAAAUAUUAUUUUUUUAAUUAGAAUUAGUUAUAAGCAUUUUUGCCAUUGGCUUCAUUGUUUUCGGAAUUAUAAGCAUUUCAGAGCCCAAAGGUACCUAAUUUGCACCACCAUUGGUUUCAUUGUUUUCGAAAUUAUAAACAUUUCCAUUCAUGUCCAUUCUUGUCAUGGCUUGCAAGUGAGCCUUUUAUUAAAAUUUAAUUGGGGGAUUAUAUUGUGCGAUUCCACAUGGACAUUUUUAGUGAUAAUGUUGCGUGAACAAAUUAAUGGUGAUGACUAGUGAGUGUAUUUGGCUGAUAGUGAUAGUCAACUAAAAAUGCCUCCUAAGCCUUACUUCUAUCCAUUUGAGAGUUGUGGAGAUGCUAGUACAAGAUGAAGACUUACUAAAAAUGUCUCCUAAGCCUUACUUUUAUCCAUUUGAUGAACCUGAAGACGAAGUUGGAGAAGAUAACAGUUCAAGGCUAUCCUCUAAUAUGUCCUCAAUUAGUGGUUCCAAAGAAUAGAACUGUUCUAUUUGGACUCUGAUCUGAAAUAAAUUUGCAAGAUCUGCAUCUAGAAGGAGUUUAGAAGGAAUUUUUUAGAUUUAUUUAUUAC